UCUGUUUGUUUUGUUUGCACUUUCCAGAACUCCCUGCGUUUGAAAUGAGACAGACGUAUUCGACGACGUAGGGAGAGGGAGAAGGAAAGAAAGAAACUCUAGUGCCAAACGAACAGGCUUGAUUCCAGUUCACUGUCACAUUCUUGUGAAUCGUCAACCGACCACCUCGACCUGUCACGGAUGAUCCAAAUGUGACUUCGCUUCGAAUUUGAUAUUAAAAAGAAGAUGUGACAUACCGUAGUUUAUCGCAAAAUGGAAAGAGUUCUUCUCGAAGAGCGUCUGAGGGAAGCUGUCUGCAUCGGUGACACCGACGUCGUGCAAGAUCUCGUGAAUUUAGGUGUCGACGUUAACGCACGACAAUCUGUCACUGGAUGGACUGCUCUACAUUGGGCAUGCAAACAAGGAUACUUGGAUGUUGCCGCCUUACUCUUAAAAAAUGGUGCCGAUAAGAAUUUAAGAUCUGAAAUAGGAGAAACUCCAGCAUCUGUGUGCAGCAAUCAACAAAUCUUAUAUCUUCUGGGUAUAAGUGGUGAUAAUCAACGAAUAAUGAACGAAUCAUCAUUGCAUACAAUUACAUCCACAUAUAAUCAACCAGAUUUUCUGCAUACUGCCACAAAUCUCUCAAAAACCAGAAAUAAUGCAUAUAACGAAAACAAAUUCAUCUCUACUUCUCAAGAUGAAUUGGUAUUGAAAAUCCGAGUGGCCAAUACAGCAGAUCCGGAUUUCAUUGAGGUGGAAUUGUUGCGGAGCGAACUUACAUAUCAAGCUCUGUUGUACUUGUGUUGCAAGGAGUUAGAUCUCAAUCCACAUCAGAUUCAAAAAUUACGAAAAUUACCCAACACCAGAUUAAGAAAAGACAAAGACAUUCAAAGACUUGAAAACUUUCAAGAAAUUGAGGUAGUUAUGGAUGCAAACGUAUAUAAAAGUAUGCAAAACGGUGUCGCCAGCAGUCUGGCUACAUUGCCGACUAAUGGAUAUCAAAGUAUAUCCAAGAAGGAUCAAACUAUUUUAUACUGAUCACUCAUAUUGGAAAAGAUCCUUUUAAAUAUUUCCAAAAUACUCUCUAAUAUAUUAAUAAUAGGAGCAAACAAGCUAUUUGUUAAAUAACAGUAUAUAUGUUUAUCUAAUAUUAACAUCUUAAAUGCAAUAAUCGAAUAUGAAUUAUAUAAG